CUCUCCAAACCGCCUUGUAAACGAUUUUUUAAACCAAACUUGUCCAUACCCGGCCGAAAAGUACCCACACCAACCAUCCAUUAAUCCAUUUCACCGUUCAGUACCAUUACCAUUCGUACUCACACUCGAUAAAUUAGUACCUAAACUCGGUACUUUAGUCGUUGUUUUCGCUCCACACGCGUUAAACAAUAGAUAAGCGCCGGGUGUAUGGAAAUUUAUGAAUUAAUUGAAUUACGAGAGACAAGUAAAGCUGCGGGAAAAUUGAAGACCGCGAUCGUCGUGGGUGAACCGGCUGUCAAAACCACACGCGGGCCGGAGAAGGGCCCUCUCUGUUGUUUACGUGAUACAUAACAAUUUCGUUCAAUGCCUCAUUUCAUUUCAAAACUGUUGGGACUGAAAAAAUGAAAUCCGGUUGAAGUUUUGAUAUGUUUAGUGCCAGUGAUUGUGCAAGACUUUAAACACAGUGAUUUUUUUUAAUUGUUACUCGAACUAUUUAAAAAAUGGUUGGGAAGGUUGAUUAUUCAAGUGUGCCAACUUCGGCAGACUUAGAAAACAACUCGAACCAAAAGAAAUACACAGUGAACCAAAACGGUAAACAAGGCGUUGUGAUACCGAGAUCCCUCUGCGCCCUAAUGGCGAUCGGUGCCUUACUAUUAGCUAUACUAGUAGGUCUAAUAGUAUUCUUCUUAGUUCCUAGGGAUUGUCAUGCGACGAAAUCCCCUCAAGCAUUAACACAUCAACCGCCACAGAGCGCUAGCGUACUGAAUAUUAAUAGUAGGGGUAGUAGUAGUAAUAAUGAUGACACUAAGGCUGAAACGACGAUUGCACCGAUAGUGACGAAAGUGGAGGUUGAACAAAGGCUGCCAAGGAGUAUAGAACCUACACAUUAUCGAUUACGAAUAUUGCCGCAUUUUCAAAAUUCUACGAGUGAGGGUUCAGUGACUAUGACUCUGAACGUUUUAGAAGACACGAACGAAAUUAUCUUCAACAGCAGAAGCAUUUUAAUCGAUGAGCAUUCCGUUAGCAUAAGAUCAACCAAACCCGAUUCUAGUCUGUUAGAAAUAAAGGAGCAGCUAUACUACGAGAAGGAAAAAUAUAAAAUAGUACUGAAAGAGCAUUUAAGAAAAAAUGAAGAGUACCAGUUAGAUUUAAAUUUUAAUGGGAAGUUGAGUGGACAUUUGCAAGGAUUUUAUAGGAUAAAAUAUUACGACGAGUACCACAGGCAAAGGUUAAUUGCCUCUACACAGUUUUCUCCAGUUGAUGCAAGAAGUGCUUUUCCAUGCUUCGAUGAACCAUCGUUCAAGGCCAAUUUCCAAAUAACUAUAGGACGACCAGCUGACAUGUUGUCACUGUCAAAUAUGCCGUUGGCCCAGAAAACUCCAUUUUCAACAAACAACUCAGAACUAUGGAGUUGGGACGAAUAUCCCGAAACUCCCAAGAUGUCAACGUAUCUAGUCGCUUUCAUGGUAAUGGACUUCAUUAAAGGUGCUGGAGACGAUCCCCGAAUGACGUUUUGGGCACGACCACAAAUCGCUGGAAACUCUGCUUAUGCUGCACAGAUAGGACCUAAAAUCCUCAGUUUCUAUGAAAAUUAUUUCGGCAUUAAGUUUCCGCUAUCUAAAAUUGAUAUUGUAGCUGUUCCUGAGUUUGGUUUCAGUGCUAUGGAAAAUUGGGGACUGAUAACAUUCAGGGAGGAUGUUCUCUUGUACGAUCAACAAUCAUCAACUAAUGAGGACAAGAGAACUACAGCAACAAUUUUGGCCCACGAACUAGCACAUCAAUGGUUCGGUAAUCUCGUGACUCCAGUAUUUUGGAACGAUCUCUGGUUGAAAGAAGGUUUUUCUAAUUUCUUGGUAUACUCAGGAGUAAACUAUGCUGAACCAAAAUGGAUGUUUGCUGAAGAAUUCAUGCUAUCUGAAAAUCUCGACGCUAUGAGUGAAGACGCUUUGCAAACUUCUAGACCAAUUUCCUUCGAUAAUAUUCAAAACACAGUUCAAAUUCGACAGUUAUUCGAUCCUAUCACAUAUCGAAAAGGAGCUGCAAUAGUUAACAUGAUAAGCAACUUCCUUGGAGAAGAAACUUUCAAGACCGGUCUUACUAACUUUUUGACUAAAUACUCUUACAAAAAUGCUGAUAGAAACGAUUUAUUUGCAUCUCUUACCGAAGAAGCACAUAACAGACAGAUCUUGCUACCAAAUGAAACUGUUAAAAUCAUUAUGGAUACAUGGACAGAACGAGCAGGGUAUCCUGUUAUAUAUGCUUAUGCUGAUUAUGAACAGAACACACUUAGCCUGUCUCAGAAAAGAUUCCUUUACCGAAUGAGGGACGAAAAGUCAAGCUACUGGGUUCCGUUAUCAUUUACUACUAAUGUAAAGCCAAAUUACACUGACACUUUCCCUAAAUUUUGGCUGAAGGGCGAGUAUGAAACCGUGCAAAAUGUUAACUUAGCGGAUAUCAAAUGGUACCUCCUAAAUUUAAACCAAACAGGCUACUUUAUUGUCAACUACGACGAAAGAAACUGGAUGAGUCUCGUCGAAGCCAUCAUGGAAGUGCCUACUAGCAUCAGAGCGCAGCUGAUAUCGGACUCCAUGGAUUUAGCAAGGGCAAAUAUCAUUAGCUACGACAUACCCCUAAGGAUGAUUGCUAAGAUGGCGAUUCGUGACAAUAACAUUAUGUUUGUACCAACAGCGAUAGCCUUCGAGAAGCUGAAGUACUUGAGUGAUAUCCUUUCUUCCACACCAGCUUUCGGAUUUUUCGAGCAUUAUCCUAAAUUGUAUGACAAUGACAUUGACAGAAAGAGUUUCCAUCAAACUAUUUUCAAAGAAUCGUACAAAAAGGUGGCAUUAGAAGAUCCUUUCGACGACUAUAGAACAAGAAGAAUCCGUACAACAGUACUCAACUGGUCGUGUAGAAGUAGUGAGACAAGAUGUGCACAUCUCUCCAAAAUCCAGUUCAGACAAUGGAUGGUGGGAGCAAAGAGGGUUGAACCAAAUCUCCAGCAAAUCGUCUAUUGCACAGCCCUAAGGGAAGGAGGACAGAUAGAAUGGGAUUUUGCCUACAAGAAAUAUAUAGAAAUCACAUCUCCAACAGAGAAAAGCACUUUGCUGGACGCUUUGGGAUGUACAAGACACACAUGGCUGCUCUCCAGAUACGUUGAUAAAAUCCUGAAUGAUCCCAGUAUUCGCAUUCAAGAUGCAGAUCGAGUUUUUCAAUCGGUGGCUAACAACAAGUUUGGCACGCAGAUAGCGUUUGAUUUCUUGAGAACUAACUGGGUGGCGUUACUCAAACAUCAUGGUGAUGGUUUCAACGUCAUUGCGAAGAUGGUCAAAGCUCUUGGACCACAAAUGAACACUGAAUUCCAGUUGUCAGAGUUAAUAAGAUUCCGGGAUAGUAUCCACAGCAACAGCAGCUCGGCAUCAGAGGCAAUCGCUUCAACGAUAGAAACAGUCCGAGGCAACGUAGAAUGGAUGCAGAAGAACUACCACCAAGUAGAGCAGUGGCUUCGAAAAAACAAGAACAAUUUCGAUACUUUAUAAGCUAUAUUCUGAAGAAAUUAAUUUAAAAAUUUUAUAUUAUAAAGCGUUAGCUAGAAAGCGAUAUCGAUUUUCCAUUUGGUGAUAAACAAAUAUCAGCUAAGAAAGUUAUUUUUGUUACAGAAUUUAUCAAAUAUGUGGUGAUUAGAGAUAGUGAUUGUUGCCUCAAUAGGAGGUGUGAAUGUUAGCUGAAAUGCACAUAUUUUUGGUAAAAGACUUUUUUUUAAUUAAUGACAGUAUUGCACUCCAUCGAGGCAAAUUAGAUGUAACGUGGCUAAAAAGAGAAAAGAAAGUAUAUAUAAGUGGAUUUUUGUAAGAUAUAUUUCAGGACUGCACAUAAAGAGAUGUAUGCUACUAUAAUAGUCAUUCGUAAUGUUCGAAAUCUGACAACACCGCCUUACACAUCAACUCUCCCCUUCUCUCAUCCUACCAUUUUCGCCUCGCUGCAUUACUCAGUGUCGGUCUAGCAGCUGUAACCGACUGUGUUCAUGACAUGUCUUUUGGGCGGUUUUCAAAAUAUUUACUGCUAUCAACUAAAUUCAACUGCUAUAAUUCUAAAUAUUUGGAAAAUAAACGUCACCUAAAAUGUCAAAUCUGGCGAACAGGAAGGAAACUAGCAAUUAUAGCCUCAAACUACACAAUCCUACGUAAGUCUUGAACACCAAACUAUCUUGGAAUGUACCAUUUUAAAUAGAGGAAAUAGUUUUUUCUUUCUCAAUAAAGAGACCAUAUUUUCUUGUUUUAGCUCCUUUGUCUUCCCAUUUAUUAUAUGUUCAUAUUACCCAACAUUCUGACAAAAAUGUUAGUGAUAGAACAUUGUAAGAUCCACAACACAAGAUCUUUCUACAACAAUUAUUUAUGUUCUCACUGUGCUCUUGAUAUCAAUGUACUCUAAACUACUAUGUAUUAAAAUAUCUUGCCUAAUGACCUGAUCUGAAUUAUUUGAAUCUCCCUUGUACAUACUUAAUCUGUUUAAAUUUUCUUGCAAAAAAUCGUAGCCAUAUACAUUUUCUUUUCUUCUCUAAUGCCUGCAUCAAUUCGACUGAAGUAUUUAUUGUUUUGGUAGUAUAUUUUUUAUUUGUAAUCUUCAUAUUUUUUUAAAGUAAGUCGCAAAACCCAUAAAACAAUAUAUACAUCAGCAACUUUAGGAUAUAUACUUGAUUAAAAAUGCGGUAACUAUUUUAAUAUUAUAAGCUAAUGAUUUGACUCUGUUUACACGAUCUAAUUUAUUGUAAAGUUGUAUUUGUAAGAAACUGAGGGCGCAUAAUACUAUAUAAAGAUGUUGAAAAUUGUAGAGAAAUAAAUAUAAACAUUU